AUGGCUAGAAAUUACAUUUCAAGAUUUCGCGGAGAGUUUACACCCACUAAUAAUCCACUACGUAUCAAGGAUGAACCAUUAACACCAGAUGAUUACGAAGAGUGUUUUAGAAAUGAUAACUUAGAUAUCCACUCGAACAAUGACUUCUAUUGUAUGAGAAAAUCAAUGUCAAUGACUGAUCUUGUGCAGCUCAAAAAAGAUCUGGAGAAGAUUAAACUUGAAAACGAUGAAUUUUCCGGGCAGGUGUGCCGAAAGCAAAAUGGAGAGUUUGAUAGUGUAUCUAAAACUAAAUUUGUUUCCAUGGCUGAGGCAAUAUAUCACUACCAAAGAGACACACCAGUGAGAUUUCAUUCUAGAAAAUCUAUACAAUGUCAAAAUGUGUUUCGACAGUCAAAAUUAACAUUGGCUCAAUCCCCGCUUCUGCGAUGUAAAGAGCGUUCUCGACCUCGUCAUAUCAUUUCCCAGAAGGAAAAGGAGGAUUUAGAGUUUAAAGAAAUUCAGAAACAUAAACUAAAAGCAAAUCCAAUUCCUAAAUCUGUUAUUAUUGGUUCUCAUCUCCCUGAUGUACCUAAAAAGCCUCCUACUGUACCGGAGCCUUUCAAGUUAACUGAGGCUCCAAAGGCGAAUAUUAUAAUUCCACAAGAAGUACACAAUUUUAAAGCCCGUCCUGCUCCCAAACAAAUAUUAGAACAACCCUCUAUCCCAGUAAGGCCUCCUCCAAAAAUUACUAAACCAGUUAGCCCAAAAUUCCACAAUAAGCGAGCAAAAUCAAUGGAAUCUCUUAAACACCAAGGACAAUGUACUAAGAGUAAACAACAAAAUAAGCUAUCCGACAAAAAUGCUAUGCAUCAAGGACCAAGAAAACCUGAGCCAUUUUCAUUCUUGAAGCGAGAUGAAGAGUUACGUCGGCGUAAAGAAGAAAAGAUAAAAAAACAAAUUGAGGAAGAUCGCAAACUUGCUUCACAGUUUAAAGCGCAGCCCUUACCUGCGGCUGUUAAGAAACGGAUGCAGACUGCAACAGGCUUAGCGACCACUAGUUCAACAGCUUCAUCGGAAAAUAAAGAAAACUUAAAAUUUGAAGCAAAACCACCUCUUGUCUUAUAUAAAGAACCUUUUAAGCCAAUCAUUCAAACCAAUCAUAUCAUAAAACAAAAACCUUUUGAAUUAAGCACAGAAAGGAGGGCCACAGAACGUGAGAAGUUUGAGAUGCAACUCAAGGAAAAAGAAGAAGAAAUGAAACAAAAAAAGUGGGAAUUAGAAAAGGCAAGACAAGAAGCAGAAGAAAGGGAAGUUUUAAAAAUGAGAGCAAUGUUGGUUCACCAUCCAAAACCCAUACCUGUUGUAGAUCCUUUUGUACCUAAAACUUCUGGCAAAAUUACGCAAAAGAAAGCAGGCAAGACAGCAGAGGAGUUACAAGAAGAAGAGGAACUGCAGCUGGCUUUAGCCCUGAGUCAGUCGGAAGCAGAGCAAAAGGAGAAAGAGAAGCGAUCUCGCACUUAUAUUGCGCCAGAACCAGUUACUCAUCCCACAUUGUCCCCAACUCCGUCAUCUGUCAGUGCUUCCCCAGAGCAUAGCACCACGGGCAAUUCGGAACUAUCCCGUUAUUUGGACAGGAACUAUUGGGAACAGCGUUUGUCCCGGGAGACUACGGCACCAACGGCUCCUUCCUCACAUGGCACAAAUGAUAAUAUUGAUGAUUUUGUCAAACCAUCAACUGCGAAAUCGCAAGAGGACGAAGCAGAGGAUAAGGAAAUAGAUGAAUUUGUGGAGAAUCUCAAGUCGCAAGUCGAAAUAUUUGUUAAUCGGAUGAAGAGCAACUCAUCUCGUGGCCGUUCAAUCGCAAACGACACCUCCGUUCAAACACUCUUCAUGAACAUCACAGCGAUGCACUCUAAGUUGUUGAGAUAUAUCCAGCAACAAGACGAUAAGCGCGUUUACUUGGAAAGCUUACAAGAUAAAAUAAGCCAAGUGCGCGACAGUAGAGCGGCGUUAGAUACUUUGCGUGCGGAGCAUGCUGCACGGCUCGCACAGGCUGCUGAAGCAGCUGAGAGGCAGCGACAGAUGCAAAUGGCGACGAAACUGCAAGCUAUGAGAAAGAAAAAGCACGAGUACCUGCAAUAUCAGAGGCAGCUCGCAUUGCAACGAGUACAGGAGCAAGAGCGAGAGAUGCAGAUGCGUCAGGAACAACAAAAACAUCAGUAUAUGAUGUCAAGCAGUGGGUAUUAUGUACCUGGAAUGUCAAUGCACCAGUUCCAACCUGGGUUCCCUAACCAGAUGAUGUACAAUCCUCAAUUCCACCCCCAAAUGCCUCCUCAAACAACAGAGACAGCUGCCCCCCUUCCUGGUCAACCGCAAAUGUCUCAAGCCAAUAUGCCGAUGAAUGUUAAUCCAAUGGGAACAAUUUCGCAAUCGAUGCCCCAAAUGAAUAACUCUUUUACUAUGUCUACGUCUGCUGCUACCUUGAGUCAAGUUCCUCCUAUACAAGGUCCUAUGUCCCAACAAAAUAUUCGUCCUGUUAUGGGGCAACAAUUGCCAAUCCAGCAGCAAAUGAUGAUGCAGCAAAUGCAGCAGAUGCGGCCUCAAGCUGGAAUACAUCAAAUGAUGCCCAAUGGCCCACCAGGACAAGUGCCAGCCAACUUAGCUAACCAAAUGCCUAAAACAAUUCCCAGUCAGACACAAGCACCCCCCAAUACCAUGAUGCCAGCAAUGACAAUGCCACAACCAAACAUGCCUCAUCAAACAAACGCAAAUAACUCCAUGUAUGGUAUGAAAAUGCAGAAUAUAAGAAUGCCAUCGGCUUUGCCUGGGAAUCAAAUGAACAACAACUCAUCUGUACCAGUCUCUGGGUACCCAGUCAACCCUCAGAAUCCCCAAGCUAGUCAACAGCCCACAAUGCCAAAUAUGCAGCAAAGUACUCAAAUAUCAGCCCAAACAAUGCCGCCUAUGCAUCAGACGAUGCCCGGACAGAACAUUCCACUACAAAAUCAGAUGCCUAACCAAAAUGUGCAACCCCAGUCAGGACACAUCCUGCAACAGCCUCAAAUGUCACAGGGCCAACAAAUACAGCUUCAAGGGCAACCACCACACUAUCAGAACCCUCAAAUGAUUUCCCAAGGUCAAAACAUUCCACAACAACAUCCUAUGAAUCAAGGUGCUCCGACACAGACUCAGACUCUGAAUCAACAAGGUGGACCUCACUUAAAUCCGCCUAAUAGUAUGCCCGCCGCCGUGCCGCAACAAAUGCACGCCUCUCAAAUGCCCAUGAAUACGCAGAAUCAAAUGCCACAGAAUAUGCAACAUCAUCAAGGACCUAUGAAUCAGGGUCAUCAAUCAAUGGCCCAUAUUCCUCAGAACAUGCAAAUGUCACAAAGUUUACAACAACCUUUGAAUAUGCCUCAUAAUAUGCCACCACAAAAUAUGCAACCUCAGGGCCCGGCUAACAACAUUCAAGCUGUAAAGAUGCCACAGCAAAAUUUUGGUAACAUCCCCCAAAAUCAACAACAAGCUAUGAACCAACAAAAUCAGCAAGUUCAGACUGCUGUUAAAUCAGAAAAUAAUAAUAAUACUGCAGAACUUAUAAGCUUUGACUGA